CCCGCGGGGUCGCUGCGAACGUCAUGAGUGUUUACGCCUAUGGGUUCGUCGGCCCCGCCAGGAUGCGAUUUUCCGGCGGGGGGCCCACCAACGCUCUGACAAACCCUUUCCUAGCGUUGGGUUCUCACGCGUGGCCGGGAGCGAGGCAAAACAUGAACACCUUCCCCGCCAUAUUCGUGAAAGCAGUCGUCUCGGCGAGGUCGGAACUACACGCAGAGAUCCGCCAAGCCAUCGCCGAAUUCCUCAUCCCUCUCAUGGAAGGGGAGGCAUCCACGAACAACCCGAUGACCGGUGCGGACCUCCUCCGUGGCGUCCGCGAGCGGAUAAUGGACGUCGACCCCGAGUCGGAGGAACUGACUGCACUGAUGACCCGCAUCAUGUGGCGCUUUACCAAGGCGCACCAAGCUUCCACCCGCAAGGCCAUCACCUUGGGGUACCUCUUGGGACCGGAGAGGCUGAAGGAAGACUUCCUUGGACAGGUUGUCACUCCCGCAUUGCUGCACGCAGCUAACGACAUCGCGGCCCUUCCGGUCAACGAGAUCGGCACCCACGAGACAAUUGUCUGCAAGGUCACUCGGAAGUCGAGAGCCUGGAUCAAGCUAUCUGCCGGCGGCUUUGGUUCCGCCAACGCCCGGGCCUUCCAAGAGAGCCUAUGGUACAACUUGUUCCAGUUCAUGACUGGACCGCGACGCUGCACGGCGGCGAUCCUUACCAUCCCCAGCUCCGACUUCCACAAGCCGGAGAUCAUGCGCUUCCUCGCCCCCUACUACGUCGACAAGGACAGCCUCGUCGUGCCGGAGACCCCGGCGGCAGACGUUCACGUCCAGGAUGAUGAUCUUGAAGCAUACCUCAACGACGUGUUUUAAUGUUUUGCGUGCGAGGGGCG